GCCACUAAAAUCGAGUGAUUGAAUUGUUGAGUAUACUGGAUUCAAUAGAUUAGGUUUUUAAACAUUAAUUAACUGCGACGUUGCAAUAUUUGAAGCGUAUAAAAGGAUCAUUGAAAAACAGCAGGACUUUUAUUGUGGAAUAUUUCAAUAGUAGAGCAACUUCUGUUCAAAGGUGAGGUGUGUCCGAAAAUAAUAUGAAUAUUAUCGUGAUUAUUUUAAAAAUGAUUUCAAAAUAUGGCAGCAACAUUUUCAUUGACAUUUGGAUUAGGGAUAUUUUCAGUGGUGACACAAUAUGUGGAAUAAAGCCAGUUUACAUCGCUGCAGAUGGUCGAUACGUGUAUGAUGAGAAUAACAACCUCAUCAUAUAAAUUGAACAGAGAAAGGAAAAGUAAAAAAGCAUCUUCAACAUAUUUUGGUUUUAAUAUGAUCUGUUAAAGUAUAACCGACAUUGACGUUACGUUUUGGAGUUCAAUUUGAAUGUCGCAGAUCAAGUGCAAUGGCGUUUCUCGAUGAUAUUGAGAAAUUAAUCUACGGUGACGACAACACAACGGGAAUUCCGAGAAUUCAAGAUUUGUUACAAUUUGCGAACGAGUCCAGAAACGUGUCGUACCACCAAGAAGAACUUGACGACGAGGAGUCAAAUGUGUUUUGGCGGGUAUUUCUAAUUCUUGCUUACAGCAUUAUCAUCGCGAUCUCGUUGUUCGGUAAUACAUUGGUAUGUCACGUGAUAUUUAAAAACAAACGCAUGCGGACGGUGACUAAUAUAUUCAUCGCGAACCUUGCCGUCUCCGAUCUCCUUCUGACAUGCAUCAAUGUACCUUUUAAUAUUGCUCGCAAUCUUUUGGAAAACUGGCCAUUUGGGAGCGUCAUGUGCCAUUUGAUGAACUUUUCGUUAAUGGUGUCAUCUUAUGUGUCCACUUUUACCCUACUUGGAAUUGCCUUGGAUCGUCAACAAGUCUUAAUGUACCCUCUUAGUCCCAGAAUGAGCAAACCAAUAGGUAUCGUUGUGAUUACUAUCAUUUGGAUGGUCGCUAUAGGCUUGUCGCUACCAUUUGGACUUUUCAACAAGGUUCAAACUGUUGAUUUCUUCUUCAAGAAGGUGAAAAGAUGCACAUCGGACUUUCCAACCCCACGUGAUAAAUGGGAGAAAUAUUUGACAAUAUCGACCUUCUUUUUACAAUUUAUAAUACCCUUGACAGUCAUCGGGAUAACAUAUGGAAGAAUUGUUAGAAAACUCUGGGUUCGAACUCAUGUCGGAGCAGUGACGCAAAACCAACAUGUGUCUCAACAGAAAGCAAAACGUAAAAGCAUAAAAAUGUUGAUUGCGGUUGUGGUAGUGUUCGCAUUAUGCUGGAUGCCAUUAAACUUGUACCAGGUGCUCGCCGAUUUUAAUCCAGACCACUUUAGCAGUACAUCGUUUUUCAUUUGCCAUUGGAUUGCUAUAAGUUCGACAUGUUAUAAUCCGUUCAUAUACUGCUGGCUAAAUGAGUCAUUUCGGAAUGAGGUGAAGUCUCGUUUCAAAUGCUGUUUUGCGAAGCCUAAGCGCGUACAACCCGGUAUAACUAUAGACUGUAUGUUGUUCAGAUCAGAUUGUAGCUACAAUAGAAGUAUUUCAAAAAACAACCUAAGCAACAGACGGACUUUAGCUUCGAACCGACCAAAUGCACUGUAUAAACAUUCUAACGAUAUUUCAACAACGAAUCAAUCGGAGGAACUAUUUUUGUCACCAAACGAUGGGACUCCAGUAAGCGACAUUUCAGUGAGUGGAGCAACAUUGAGUGGUGCUCUAGAAACUGUUCUGGAAUUUCCAGAGCAGUACAUGACAGAAAACAUUGAACAUUGCAUAACGGAGAAUGAUUCCGAACAAACAGAAUUUUGGGGACAGAUGUCAACUGGUUCUUGCUAAAAUAAAACAUAUUUGUUUUAAAUGUGUCACCAUGAUUACAAUAAAAGUUUGGCCUUAAAUAACUACGUAACUAUGUUAUAAUUAAAACGCCGAGAAUUUUACAUGAAUAUUUUGAAGCUCAAUUACCUGAUACUUUUUAUCGUUUUUCAGCAAUAUUUUUUGUUUGAUGCAUAAAAGUCGUAAAACGGAUAUUUAAUGGUAACAGAAUUGAAAAAAUAAGGAUCACCACUAAAAAGUACGUUCACUUAAACUUUUCAUUUCAAUUCCAUUUUUUAUGAAAUUGUUUAAAAUUCUGCUUCAAUUCUAGCAUUGUACGCUAUAAUAACCUUCCUGUAUUUUGUUUUUAUAUUUCCAUGUGCCAGUCAUACAUUUUUACAUCAAAGCGCAUGCCUGAAAUACCAUCUCUGGUAUCUACACACAGAUUCGUUUGCAUUAGAGUAUCAACAUUUUAUUUUUGCAAAGCAUUUAACACAUUAAUUCAGCCUUAGAUUAAUCUAAAGCUUUAUGUUAUCGGACAUAUUUUGAUAUGUCAGAAUAUUUUUUAUAAAUAAUUCUCAUGGGUUUGCUAGAAUUAAUGUACUGCAGUAAACCUUUUCGUACAGUCAUAGUUUUGAAACAUAUGAGUUUUAUAUUUAGCGAUAUAAGUAAUUAUCAAGACGUAUUCCUACGUAUAUUUAUCUUUUUAGAAGCAU